AUGUGGGACUUGGUCUGUUCGUACCUUAAUGUUCAGGAUGUCAAAAAGUUGAGUGGCACCUGCCGCUUUCUGUGGGAGUUGCUGCGCCCUCGUGACAACGUGUGGCGUGUGCAGUUGGACUACUUUAGGGAAGAUAUGAAAAAUUUGUAUGGUGAGGGCCGCCUACUCUGUACGGAGUUGUUUGUGCCACCAUCUUGCAGUGCUUAUGAACAAAUGAAACUGGAGUUACAGUUAUACAUAAUGGACACUCAUCGUGAGUGGCAGCUUAAGGACCGUGAAAAAACGGAUGGCCCUUACGGUAUGUUUUCUUGCCCUUUAACUCUUGCUCAUGAUCCCUCUAUCAACGAGGAGGGUUGGCAGGACGAGGAUGUUACACCCUUUUCUCAGUUGCGGAUAAUUCGUGCAGUACGACUUUUCCCUUCGGGGUUAUCUACAUCCCAAAGUUUGCGACACAAUGGAGGCAGUGGCUCAAUCUUCACGCCGAGCGAGUACAUGAUGUUAUGCGAAAAUAUCAAUCAUGGUGAUUUCACAGGCUCUCGUUUGGGUGUGCAGGAUCACGUAGAUGAGGAAGGCGGGUUGUUGCAGUUUGCUCUCAUGGAGACUCUCCGUCGUGCCAAGUAUCGCAAACCCCCUCGAUGCUCCACGGGUGAAGUGCGCACUUCUUCCCACCUGGUGCUGCGUCAUUUUGGCGGUUUGCUGCUAUCAAUAUGCCGUUACGAAGCAGAAGACAUUUUAGAUUCCCUUCUCCACAAGCGGGGCCUCGUGGAUGACUUCGUUACGUACUGUAACUACAGGGAGCGAUCGACAACGAACCGGCCGUGUUUUCCGUUUCCUUGUCAGUCACGUUACUACAUUGCUCCAGAGUUAUGCCGAAGGGGCCGUGUGGGUCUUAUCAUUACGGACUCUGUGCGUUUGCUCGUGGUGGUCGGAAAGGAGCUCGUGACGCGGGACGAUGCGCGAUGGGGCAGUGAUUUUGCAGCGGCAGCAGCUGCGGGUCGUACGGUAUAUGGAGGUGGCAUGAACCCUCAGCAACCACGAUUGGUGUAG